AAGGCAUUCUAGAAAUAAAUCUCUGUAAGGAUCGAGGUGAAGAUAAAUCAUGGCAAACCGAAGCAAAGUUUCCAGCGCUGCCAUUGCUUUACUUCUUGGACUCCUCAUAGCAAUCCCGACAGGGGUGAAAUCCAUUGGUGUGUGUUAUGGAAUGAAUGGAAACAAUCUGCCUCAACCAAGUACUGUGGUCAAUCUCUACAAAUCUAAAAAUAUCAAGGCAAUGAGGCUUUACGAUCCAGACCAAGCUGCACUCCAGGCCCUCAAGAGUUCCAACAUCCAACUCAUCUUAGAUGUCCCAAACACUGCACUGCAAUCAUUAGCUUCUAACACUUCAGCAGCCAAUGAUUGGGUCCAGCAAAAUGUGAAGGCUUAUUCUUCUAGUGUUUCAUUUAAAUACAUCGCAGUUGGAAAUGAAGUGAUUCCUGGAGCUCAAGCCCAAUAUGUGCUCCCUGCCAUGAGAAAUAUCUAUUCAGCUCUUUCCUCUGCCGGCCUACAAAAUCAAAUAAAAGUCUCAACUUCAGUCGCCACUUCAGUCUUGGCAGAAUCAUCUCCUCCCUCACAUGGGGUGUUUUCUUCUGCUGCACUGACAUAUUUGAGACCAAUUGUUCAAUUUUUGGCUAGCAAUGGAGCCCCACUCCUAGUAAAUGUUUACCCCUACUUCAGUUACGUGGAUAGCCAAGGCACAAUCAAUAUCAAUUAUGCUUUGUUCACUUCCUCAGGAACUGUUGUAACAGACGGGCAAUAUAAAUAUCAGAACCUCUUUGAUGCCAUAGUUGAUGCAGUUUACGCAGCAUUGGAGAAGGUUGGAGGGUCUAAUGUGACAAUCGUGGUGUCGGAGAGCGGUUGGCCAUCAGCUGGUGGUUAUGCAGCAACCAUUAACAAUGCAAAGACAUAUAAUCAGAAUUUGAUCAAUCACGUUGGCCAAGGAACUCCAAGGAGACCUGGAAAAACAAUAGAGGCUUACAUAUUUGAGAUGUUUAAUGAGAAUCAAAAAUCAGCGGGAGUAGAACAAAACUUUGGACUGUUUUACCCCAGUACACAACCAGUCUACACAAUCAACUUUACUUGAAAUGCCAAAGACCAUAUAUAAAUAGUAGCAUCUAGAAUAAACCAUCGGAAUAAAUGGAGUGUGGUUUUUCCAUGCUAUUAAUUUGGAGUAUCCAUGCUGUAAUAAUGUUCAUCUUACUUGGAAGGUUUCACAUGAAUAAAUUUAUCCUCAUAUGACUUUAUUUGAAAUCAUA